AUGGCAGGCAGAGGACCUGCAGAAGCGGCUGUGGCAGAACCCCCCUUCGCAUGGGUAUGGGCCGUGUGCCACGCCCCCUCCCUCAACCCACCACCCCAUGUGCCAUCGCAACUUAUCCCAUGGCAGGCAGAGGACCUGCAGAAGCGGCUGUGGCAGAACCCCCCUUCGCAUGGGUAUCAGCCAUGUGUUGAGCCUAGCGACAGCUACAAGAGAGCCAGUGGGAGGAGGACGAGAGGCUAUCUGACGGUGCAUGCCAAUGGAGGGCUCAACCAGAUGCGCGCUGGGAUCUGUGACAUGGUGGCGGUGGCACGAAUCCUCAACGCCACUCUUGUCGUUCCCGAGCUUGACAAGAGCUCCUUCUGGCAGGACUCCAGCAACUUCUCGGACGUGUUUGACACGGACCACUUCAUCUCCGCGCUAGCUGGUGACGUGCCAGUGGUGCGGCGCCUGCCCCGCGAGCUGAAGCUUGCAGAGGUGAAGCGCGUGCACUUCACCAGCUGGGCGCCACUUGCUUAUUACUCCAAGGAGAUCGGCCGCUACUGGCGCCAGUACAAGGUGCUGCGGGCACUGAAAACGGAUUCACGCCUCGCUAACAACGGCCUGCCUUCGGACAUUCAAAAGCUGCGCUGCCAUGUGCACUUCGAGGCGCUGCGCUUUGCUCCGCACAUACAGGCGUUUGGAGAGGAGUUGGUGCGGCGGGUGAGGAAGGCAGGGCCGUACGUGGCGCUGCAUCUGAGAUACGAGAAGGACAUGCUGGCUUUCAGUGGGUGCUCGCAUGGGCUGUCCCAGGCGCAGGCCGACGAGCUCACUGCUACAAGGCGUGCAACAAAGCAGUGGCGGGUGAAGGACAUCAAUGCAGCGGAGCAGAGAGCACAGGGCAGCUGCCCCAUGACUCCCCGGGAGGUGGGGGUGCUGCUCUCCGCCCUGGGAUUUCCCAACCACACGCGCCUGUACAUCGCAGCAGGGGAGAUCUACGGUGGAGAGGACACGAUGAAAGAUCUACGGGCGAGAUUCCCAUUCAUUGAGCGCAAGGAAACCCUGGCAACAGCAGAGGAGCUGGCGCCGCUGGCAGCGCAUCAGAACGCCAUGGCAGCGGUGGACUAUCUCGUGUCUGUGCAGGCUGACGUGUUCCUCGCCACCUACUCCGGCAACAUGGCCCGCGCUGUGGAGGGGCACAGGCGUUUCCUGGGGCACAAGAGGACGAUCUCCCCGGACAAGAAGGGGUUGGUGCAGCUGAUAGACCGGCUGGACAGAGGGGAGCUGCAGGAGGGGCCUGCAUUCUCAGAGCUCGUGUGCCUGCUGCACAUGCACAGGCAGGGGGCACCGCGGCACAGGAAGGGCCCGCUUCCAGGCGUGAAGAAGAAGGAUCGGCAUCGGUCAGAGGAAGCCUUUUAUGCCAACCCUCUCCCGGACUGCCUGUGCCAAGCCAAGCCCGAGAGGCUUGGUGGUAGAGCCAUACUGUUCCGAGAAAGGGGUAAAAGGCGUCAGUACAAUUGA